AUGUCUUCGGAACUUGAACCUCAUAUAUUGAAACGUUUUGAAAUUGAGAAGAGAAUAGGUAAAGGUGCAUAUGGAAUCGUAUGGAAAGCGAUUAAUCGAAAGACAAAAGAAGUUGUUGCAUUGAAAAAAAAUUUCGAUGCAUUUCGUAAUCAAACAGAUGCACAAAGAACAUUUCGUGAAAUUGCAUUUUUACAAGCAUUUAGUAAUCAUCCAAAUAUUAUUGGUUUAUAUAAUGUAAUACGAGCUGAAUGUGAUAAAGAUAUCUAUUUAGUAUUUGAAUAUAUGGAAACAGAUUUACAUAAUGUAAUACGUAAAGGGAAUAUAUUAAAAGAUAUACAUAAACAAUAUAUAAUGUAUCAAUUAUUUAAAGCAAUUGCAUAUUUACAUUCUGGUGAAGUAAUACAUCGUGAUUUAAAGCCAUCCAAUGUUCUCUUAGAUUCUGAUUGUUUAGUCAAAUUAUGUGAUUUUGGUUUAGCUCGAUCAUUAAAAGGUCGUAAUAAAUAUGAAAAUGUCAAUGGUAAACUGAAUUGUAAAACCUUAUUACCAGCAUUAACUGAAUAUGUAGCAACACGUUGGUAUCGUGCACCAGAAAUUUUAUUAGCAUGUCAUAAUUAUACAAAAGGUGUUGAUAUAUGGAGUUUAGGUUGUAUAUUAGGUGAAAUGUUAAUUGGUACACCAUUAUUUCCUGGUACAUCAACAUUAGAUCAAAUUGGACGUAUAUUAGCUGGAUUACCUAAAUUAAAUAGAGAAGAUAUAGAAAGUAUUAGAAGUCCUUAUAGUAUAUCAAUUUUGGAAAAGACUCAUAUCAAACGUCGUCCAUUAGAUCAAAUUUUAAAAAAUACUAAUAAAACUGUAAUGGAUUUACUGAAUCAAAUGAUUAAUUUUAAUCCACAUAAACGAAUUGAUGCUUUGAAUGCUUUGAAACAUCCAUAUGUUCGAAAAUUUUUUAAUCCAGAAGAAAUUAUGAGUAAAAGUCAUAAUGUGGUACCACCAUUAGAUGAUAAUAUACAAUUAACUGUCACUGAAUAUCGUAAUCGUCUAUAUCAGAUGAUUAAUUCAAAGAAACUACGUAAACAUAAUCGUAAUAAAUCUGUUGAUCAACUACCAAAUCCAAUUCCUAAUACAACACCGACCGAGAAAAGUGAUGAGGAACUAACUGUAAGAAAUCAAAUAGAUAUGAAUAGAUUACCAUGUUCCAAAUUGAGAAAUAAUCAUUUAGAUGAUGGGGGAAAGUUGGAAACUAAUCAAGCAUCAUCAUCAUCAUUGAAUGUUAACCAUAAAUCAUUCAUUCAAUCAAUAAAUCGUACUACACCUAAUCAAGAAUUUCAUAACAAUUCUCAUUUAAAUAUUUGGAAUCCUGAAAAUAUGAGACCUAUAUCUGAUUUGGCUACAUAUACUGUUAAACCUAGUUCAUCAUUAUCUGUGGUUAGACCUUGUUCUCAUACAGAAUCGAUAUCGAAUGUUAACAAUGAAGAAUUGUCACGUGUUGGAGAUACUACUUAUGAACAUGAAAAUAUCAGUAGUACACAUUCAGUAAUAGUUAAACCAUCUAAUAUAACAAAAUCAUCAUUCCAUCCGACAUCUUCUUCUUCUACUUCUAAUAAUAAUAAUCAUCUUAAUAAAGAAUCAAGAAUAUGUAUCUCUACAACAGAUUGUUAUCAUAUCAGUGUAAGCGAUAAUCAAAUCAUUAAUCAUAAUAAUGGAGGAAAUAUACAUGAGAGAAGUAAUAUAUCAAGUAAUUUAAGUAGUAAACAAAAAUUAAAUGGAUCUAUUCAAAAUAACUUAAAUUCUGAAAUAAGUCAAUCAUCUAAUAAUCAAUCAGAUCCACAUAUAAUGAAUAACAAUCAUAAUAAUACUAAUAAUAAUUGUGUAAAUGAUCUAUGGAAAUUGAAUGGAUCCACUUCCAUUGGUCGAAUCAAUACCAAUAAUCAUAGUUCAUUUAGAAAAUCAUUUUCGUCCUCUAAUUUAUCAACAUCAUCAUCAUCUACAUCAUCAUCAUUGUCAACAUCUAUCAUAAUGAAACAUAAAUUUGAUCCAUUGAAUAGUAGUAAUCUAAUACAAUCAAAUGGAUCAUUAAAUCAUUUUUAUGGAAAAGAUCCAUAUCAACAACAGUCAAUAAACAAUUCAACAUUGAAUUGUCAUUCAAAUGAACAAUUAAACAUGAACUGUACAAUGAACAACACUAUGAUUGAAAUAAAGAAACCAGAAGCAUUAAUAGAUAAAUCUGAUCAACAAAUUGAGAAUUCAUUUGGAAAAACAAUCAUGUCAAUCAAUAAUAGAUUAAAUCAUUUACUCAAAACAAAUUGUUCAUCUUCGUCAACAGUGACAAUAUCAUCGUCGUCAUCCUCAACAUCAACAACAACAUCAUCAUUUGGUUGGUUAAAAUGCCAAAGUCCUACACUGAUUAAUCCGAAAUCAUCAUUAUCAUCAUCAGCAGAAGCAACAACAACAUCAAUGUUAUCAUCAUCAUAUAAAUGGUUAAAUGUAAAGGAUAGCAUGAAAAAAAGCCAUAAAUCUAAUUUUAGUAAAUCCACAAAUAAUUUAUUGCAUCAUACAAAUAUGCUGAAUAAUAAUAGUAGUAGUAUAUUAAGUAGUGGACAUUUAACACCAUGUCCAAUUCAACCAACAACAACAACAACCAAUGUAACUGAAGAACGAAGUUAUAAAAGUAUAUCUGAGGAUAAAAUUAAUGAGUUGGAUUUGCAAAAUCGACGAUUUGCUUCGGCUCCUUUAUUACCUGCAUCUUUAUUACCUGGAAGUAUAAGAAAUCGUCCAAUUGUUAAUAUUACAAAUACUACAUCUACUACUAACUCUACUAGUAAUAUAUUCAAUUCAACUAAAGUAAAUUCUAAAUCAUAUUUAAUUAGUUCAAAUAAUGGUUCAUCAUCAGUGAUUCGAUUACAUUCAUCCAAUGAAUUAGAUCAUUUAUUUCAUGAUUAUAGACAACGUAGAACAUCUAAAAGUACUUCAAACGAUGGAUCAAUAUCCUCUAAUCCUAUUUCAUCUAAUGAUAUCCACCGUUAUAAGAAUAUUGAUAAUCAUCAUCAUCAUAAUAGUAGUUUGCAACAGUUUUAUCAUUCAAAUGAUUUACGAAAUGACAAUAAACAGUCCAAUUUCAAUGGGAUUAAUGAACAAUCCAAUGAUUUGGGGAAGUCAUCUAUAAAAUAUAAAUCGACUAUAUCUAAUGUAUUAGACACUGUUGUAGAAGCUUCAAGUAAUCCAAGGAUACAAUCAAGCACAAGAGUUAGUCAAGUCAACAAUAUUAUUCAAACAAAAAUUUCAUCCAAUGAAACAGCUAACACUAAUAAUCAUAAUUAUCAUCAAAAUACACAAUCUACACUAUUACCGUCUACUCAUUUAAAAUUCAGUAGUAUAUCAAAUAAAACGAAAAAUGUCAAUGUAAAACAAUCUCCAUUCAAUUUAACAACAAAAUUAGAUCAUAUAAACACAUUAAAUGAUGUCAAUUAUACACCAUUGAUAAAUUAUAAUAAACAACAACAUUUAUUACCACAACCUGUUAUAUUAUCACGUUUAAAUUCAUUAAAACAAAUAAAUAAUAAUAAAGAAAAAUAA